CAACAAUUACUAAUCAGCAGAAAAGUAUAAGAAAAAGGAGUGAUAUUCAACUUGGCUAUCGGUUAGAAUUUAUCUCACAUUGUGGAUUUUUAAUAAGCCAGAAAACAAAAAGGAGAAUUGAAACAAUCAAAAUACAGAUAGUGUAGAUUGUUGGAGAAAGUUUAUUUUUUAAAAACAACUGUGCGAAAUAUCAUAAUUAUACCUUUUGAACAACCCAAAUGGUGGUCAUAUGGUAAUUUAAUCCAUCAUUGUCAUCCUCCACAACAACAACAUCACCACUGUGUUCUUCCAGUAUUCGUAUGCCAUUUUCUGCUUGUAAUGAUUCAUGCUAUACACAAUAUACUACAAAUGAAUAUGAUAAUAUGAAUGCAUCAAACUGUAAUCCAUGUGAUGAUGAUAGUCAUGAUAUAACAGCACUGUCUGCUGCUACUACUACUACUACUGGUGAUACACCCUUUUUACUUCCUCCUACAUACCCGAAUAAAUCAGUUUGCAUGAAGCAUAGAAUUGAUUAUAACAUGUUAACAAGUAUAAAUAAAUGUAUACCUCCUCCUCCUUCAUCAAUAUCAUCAUCCUCAACGACAUCAUCUUCGUCUUCUCGAUCAUCGUGUUCCACCUCUUCACCUUCUUCAGAGACGACUGUUGGUGAUGUGAUUACCACUUCUACUACUUCGUGUACAUCACCUACUAUAACUGCUAGUGAUUUGAAUGCUUCACAAUCAUCUAUGAUGCCAUCAUGUUGGUCACAGUGUUCUACAGUUGAUGAGUUGACAAUUUUAUCAAAUAAUCUUGGGAGUGUAUUUCAUGGAUUUCCACUGAUUACCAAUCAUCAUAACACAGUCAGCUAUUGUAAACUUGAAGAAACGGAAAAAUAUGAUAGAAUUAACAAUAAUAAUAAUAACUUUUUGUCUAAUCAACCUUCUCAGUUCACAUCAGAUCAUGAAUAUCGAAAAGAUUUACUGAAGCACGAUGACAGUGCAUUUCAAAGAUUGCACACUGGUCUCAUGGAAUAUCAUCCAUCUUAUUAUCAUCAUCAUCAUCAUCAUCCCAUAGCACAUGAAACCGAACUAUCCUGUGAAACUUCAUUAUGCUCUGAAUUUAUUAAACAUCCAAUAACAUCUAUAACAUCCUCAUUGUCUACUAUCCCUUUAAGAACUUCAAAAUUUGAAUAUUUGAAUGAAGUCGCCAAAACGAAUGAACAGAACAAUGUCAAGGAGCACUUCACAAAUUCACAAAGUAUAACAGAGUUAACAGACAAUAGAUUAAAUAUUAUAUACCAUAAAGCCUCUACAGCUGUAGCAUCAACACAUUCUAAUUUAUGCUUACCAUUUUAUUCUGAUGAUGAGAGUUCAGUGAAACAAGAAUCAUCCAACAUCCAACAAAUGUAUACCCCAUUAUAUAUAAAUGAAGAAGGUUGUUAUACAAAUAAUGUACAGACUACAUUUUCAUCAUAUACCAGUACAACAACACAUACAGAAUCAUUGUCUUCAUUUCAAAAGCCGUGGAAUAUUCCUAAAAUAGAUGAUAAGUCAAAAGUUAAGCUAUUCACAGAAUUAAAAGGUUAUCGUCAACAUUGUGAAGAAGAAGAAGAUCAGAUUAUACCCGAAAAGGCAGUUAACAAUUGUCAAUUAACAAAAACAGAAUCACUAUUACUACCUUCUCAACAGAAUUAUCACAGUAGUUUUUCAGAUCAACGUCAACCGUACACUCUACAUACUGAAAAAGGCGUGGAUAAACAAUUACAGAAUUCACAACCUUUACAUUCUAUGAGCAAUGUAAAUAAAUCUAGACAUAGUAAAUCAUUAACUACUGGAGUUUUAACUUCAGUAGUAGGACAGACUUUAUCAUCAUUGACAAGUGGAAUACAGACGACAACAGCAUCAACGAAUACAAAACUUGUACAACCGUUUAAAUGGUUACAGAUUAAACGACAACAGCCACGUCAUCAUGUUAAUAAUAAUAUACCUACAUCCAAAACAAGUUCAGCUCAAAAAUACGAUACUUCAAGGCCUAUUACUUCACCUCAUUCUACAAACUUCUCAUUCAAUGAUUCCAAUCUUCAAGAAACUAGUCAGUCGAAUAGAAAUAAUACUAUACAAUGUGGCAAAAAUCCUCCUUUACUGAUGUCUCAACUUCCUGACCACAAUAAUGCUAAUCAAGUGUUUAAAAAUUAUGCUUAUGAUACAGGCAGUUUCAUAUCACCUGCAAAUAUGAAUUAUUCUACAAAUGCCUUAAACAAUGAAAUGUUAAAUACCUUUCAAAGUAAACAUAUGAUUGACUCUUCAGAGUUGAACAUCAAUUUAAACUAUGAAGCUACUAAUUCUUUAACUGGACGUACUAAUUUUACAACAAGACAGCUAACAGAAUUAGAAAAAGAAUUUCAUUUCAAUCGUUAUCUGUCAAGAGCAAGACGAAUUGAAAUUGCCUCAGAUUUAGGGCUUACAGAAACUCAAGUGAAAAUAUGGUUUCAAAAUCGUCGAAUGAAACAGAAGAAACGUUUACGUGAUAAAAUUUUAGGCAGUAAUCAUGAAAGUGAAGAUGUCUCAUCGACAACAACUACUCCUCCCCCUCCUCCACCACCAUCUGGCAUGAAUGUUUCACCCUGGAAUCUGACAGAAUCACAUGUAAUAAUGAAUAAAUCAUCUGUACAAGAAAGGAAACAUUCACACACCGAGUGUACUAGUAGUAGCACUGUUGAUUCUAUUAGUAGUACUAGUAAUCCAAGUGUUUACUUCAAUAAACAUUUAAUGGAUUAUAGUGCUUCACAUUUAUACAAUCAUUUAUUGAUUGACUCGUCCAGUUCCAUCCCUAAUAACAAUCAGAGGAACAGCACAAAUCCUUCUGUAUAAACGGAAAUAGAUAUAUAUAUAUAUAUAUACAUAUCUGCUUAUCCAAUAGACUCUUCUGGUUAUCAACUACACUGCACAUGCAUGAGAGGAUUAGCAAUCACAACGUCAAUAUUUCUUGCUUUCUCAGUUUUACUGCUUCAUCUAAUUCAAAGAUUGAAACAAAAUUCUUUCGAUUAGAGUUGAAAUUUUCGACAUUCCAGUUAACUACCCCUGUAAGGUGUAGAGAACGGUUCAGCCGUCGAAUGCAUACAGAUAACAGUAUCCUUAUAUUAUUUAUAUUUUGUAUCAAAAAAACAAAAACAAAUUAUAAUAAAAAUCGUUUACAUUUCAAUUAACACCUUCUGAAUUAAGC